UCAGCUGGAGUUCUGUGAUGGUCACAUGACGAUGUUGUGGAUAUAUUACUCCAAAUGUCUGAGCCUGUUCUCUUCUAUAGAACUCUGCAGCGCACACACACACACACACUCACACACACACACAGGGAGAGAGAGAGAGUGCAUGGUGCAGUUUUGAAUGACACUGACAGCUGACAAAAGCCUGGAGUUACAGCGUCAGGAAGCAACUUUUUGAGGGGAAUUAUGAGAAACGUGGAGCUGUGAUUUGCAUUUUUAAUUGCCAGCUGACAAGUCAGGAGGCGAUGGAGAACAAGGCCAUGUAUCUGAGCACAUAUGAAGAGAGAGAGAGCGGCUCCAUGUAUGAAGAGGCCUACGAUGGACACAACUUGUCCAAACUUAACCUGUGUGAUGAAGGUUCUGGUAAGCGGCGCAGGAAGCAGGAUCAGUGCUGUGCUCACCUGAACUCCCUCUCAGCCAUCAAGUACGCCAUCGUGUUCCUCUACAUCCUGGUCCUUCUCACCAUCUUUGGACUCUGCCUGGCAGUCUCUCAUUCCCAGGUGUCUUCACAGCGGCAGGCCGUGCUGAUGGAAAACGUGACCCGGAUGUCGGAGCGCUCUCGGCUGCUCCAGCAGACCCUGGGCGAGGCGUCCACUCAGGGUGACCUGCUGGAGAACAUCUGGAAACUGGAGAAUCUCUUCCAGAACCACAGCGACUGGCUGCAGAGGCUGGAGAUCCUCAUCAAGAGCCUGGAGGUGGAGCUGAGGAGCAUCCAGGCUAACUCCCUCCAGUCAGAGGGCUACCUGGUGCAGCUGGACGACAGGUUGUCCUCCCUAAGCAGCUCCACCGGCAGGAACCUGACGGGCCUGACCGCGGAGGUGUCCCGGGCCUCCACCUGGCUCCACGACCAGGACCUCCUGUUCAGGGAAACCUCAGGACAGGUGAGCAGGCUGAGAGAGAAACUGGACGAUGUCAGUUGGACGGUGGGAGCUGUCAAUCACACCUUCAGCAAUGACAUCAGUAUUCACCACUUGAAGAUACAAGACUUGCAGAUCCAGAUCAGCAACAUAACAGAGGACACCAGCAGUUUAUGGGUGACCCACGUCCACACGGAGGCCCAGCUGAGGAACGAGAUGGAGAUCCUCAACACAAUUACAGAGGACCUUCGCCUGAAGGACUGGGAGCACUCCCUGGCCCUGAAGAACCUCACCAUAUUCGAAGGUCCUCCCGGGCCAAAGGGAGAGAAGGGUGAUACUGGACCACUUGGGCCCCCCGGGGCUCCUGGGUUGACAGGCUUGAGAGGGCUUACAGGAGAAAAAGGGAUGCAGGGCGACCGGGGAAUUAAAGGGUCUGUCGGGGUCAGCGGUUUUCAGGGAGAAAAAGGAGACAUUGGACCUGCUGGUCCAAGAGGUGACAGAGGAGAAAGAGGGUUGAAGGGGGAGAAGGGGGAUCGAGGAGACAAAGGAGAGAAAACCGUUGAGGAGACCCUGGUGCGGCUGGUGAACGGGUCAGGUCCUCAUGAAGGUCGUGUGGAGGUUUUCCAUGAACGCCGCUGGGGGACGGUGUGUGACGACGUCUGGGACAAGAAGGAUGGAGACGUGGUGUGUAGGAUGCUUGGAUACCGAGGAGCUGCUGACGUCCAUAAGACCGGACGCUUUGGACAGGGUACUGGUCUGAUCUGGAUGGAUGAUGUGGCGUGUGCAGGGACCGAAGACACCAUCCACCAGUGCAAGUUUUCCGGCUGGGGCAAAACCAACUGCGGCCACGUGGAGGAUGCUGGUGUGACAUGCGCCGUCUAAAACUUUUAUGAUCCUGACCCUGCUGCAGCGGCCCGAGCAUCUCCUCCCAAACAGUGCCUUCGACUUUUAAGUAGCGAUAAGAUGCACAACGUCCUGCCAUCGCCAAGGGUGUCACAUUAGCAGUAUGUUGUUUUUUACCUGCGAAAAAAAAGUGACAAACCUCCAUGUUCUGCAUGAACUAUAUCUGCAGCUUUUCUUUAAGCUCAUGGUUAAACAUUUGAUGGUUUUACCUACAAGACUGAACCAUGGGAGCAAAGAAAAUGCACACAUUUUCAGACUUUGAGCAACCAUAAGAGCUAGAGAUGAUCACACUUCAUCAGGACUGAAUUACAGACCUCAUGUCUUCAAUGAAGCCAAAGGUCAGCUUUCAUAUAGUCUAUAUCAACCGCCUGAAAUUCUGCCGGAUGUCCCUCAUUUCGACCAGAUGUCCAUCAUCUUCAGCUUUCUUUGUGUUGGCAUUUUAAACUAAGGACUAUGGUUAACUGCUCCUCAGAUCUCUGCAGGGUAAAUCCAGACAGCUAGCUAGACUGUCUGUCCAAUCUGAGUUUUCUGUUGCACGACUAAAACAACCUUUGAACGUACGUACACGUUCCACCAAAACAAGUUCCUUCCCGAGGCUAUUUUGUAACGGCACUGUUGCUCUGUCUGGUGCUUAGCGCCGCCCAGGACAAUUGUGAUUGGUUUAAAGAAAUGCCAAUAAACCAGAAAAAGUUUUUCUCCCAUCCCAGAAUGCUGUGUGGAUUAGCCAGACCCUCCUGCGCAGCGCUGUGGAGGGUCUGGCAAUGCGAGACUAGCUUUCAUAGGGUCCAUCUCUCCUCAGAGGCUCGUCUCCAGUGUGGAUUAGAAGCUGAUCCAACAUCUUCAUCAGCAGAGACUUCAUUUGUCUCCAAGUUUCUGAGGAGCUGAAACGGCACAUAAAGAAACUGACAAGACUGACUCUUUGACAACUGAUUUACAGGCAGCUGCUCUUAACAGUAUUAUGUAGAGAUGGCUUUUGAAUGAUGCUAAACAUACACAGUUUUGACAUAUUAUAUAUCAAAUAGCAUUACCUAGUAAGUCGUAGUAAGUAGUAGUAAGUCGUUUGAUGAUUUGCAGGUCAAUAGCUGGUGAGUUAAAACUGGACUUAAAGGUGCCCUGAGGAGUUUUAUGUACAACAAACAACAAGCAGUCUUCUUCUUCUUUGCCUUUUUUGGCAAAAAAAGUUUCUUUGCCAAAGCUGCAGUUUUUAAAGUUUUAUAAACUCUCCUCUAAUCAAUAUUUUUACAUUGCAUACACAUAAUUAUUACCCACAGUAAAUCUGUACAAAGCUUAUUGUUUUGGGGUCAUCAACCUUAUCUUCAACUACAACAGGAAGCUGUUUUCUGUCAUAAAAGCUCUGAUAAACACACUUAACGUUACCUGGACAGAAACAACAAACAGACAGACAAAAACAGUUAGUGACUAGUUGGUGAAUAGAGUGGAACAUUUAGCAGUUAAAGAGACAGAUAUUUUUCUGAGCAGUUGGUGGAGGCCAAAAGCACGUGGACAGAAACAAGGCUCCACACGAAUGCUGUUCUGUGUCUGCUGGAUGUGUAAAUUGGCAAAUGUUUGCUGGCAACCUUAUGAGGAGAUAAUAUAUUUUAGGGCAGCCACGAGCAGAAAGAAAAGUCAUUUCGGCAGCUUUUAGCGCAGUUUUAACUUCAAUAUCUAGUUUCUUUAACCUGCAAAUCACCAAACCAGUUUAGGGUGUGCUAUAUUUUUUUUAUGGAAAUAAAAAAAAAAAGAAGAAGAAGCAACUAACAGAAUUUGGAAAGUGCUAUCUGUCACUGCAUUUGACAGAUGAAGUGAUUAUGAGGAAGAGAGAAAAGAUGAGCAUAAACAGAUGGAUGCCGGCCGUGUACAAUUUACAACUGUCGAUAUUUACUGCCAGAAGUUCGGAUGUUUCAGCAUAAAUGCACAUGUGUAUAUGCACCUCACAUACACACACACACACACACACACACACACAUGCCAAACCAACCAUAACAGACAAGCUUUUUCUUCAGUUUUAUGUCUCAGUGGGGUUUAAUCUUUACGGUUGCUCUUGAAUCCAAAAAGGUUGGUACCUCACAAGUGUCCUUGCAGGAAUCUGUCUCUUUACCCAGUCAUGUUUUAUAUUUGAAGAGGGGAAAUAUUUUUUAGUGCACCUUAAAAGUUGGCAAACAUAACAAACCUCAAAGGGCUGUAGUUGAAUACUCUCCGCUUCUAUAUGCUGUAGUUAAAUCUGUCUGUGUAAGCUCUCCUUGUUUAAACAAAUCAAAAAUA